CAACCAAAUUCGCAAAAGCGAAACAUCCAUUGUGAACCAUAAUCAAACAAUCAAAUGAAAGCUCCAAAUACAUUUUUCCGUGUCAUUAUUUCUCUGCUAUUAAUUCUAUGGUUAAGUUCGCACAAAACAUCUGCAUCAAAUCCUCUUGAGGAGUUCCAGCAUUGCCUUCUCUGUGCUUCAUCAGAAAGCCAAUCCCCUGUCACAAACCAUGACAUUAUUUACACUGCGGCGAACUCUUCCUUCCUAUCAAUCCUACAGUCCUCCAUCAAGAACACCAGGUUCAACACAUCCAACACCCCCAAACCACUGAUUAUAGCAACGCCUAGGGAAGAGUUUGAGGUGCAGUAUAUCAUAAACUGCGCCAAAGAACUUGGCUUGCGCGUUCGGGUUCGGAGCGGAGGCCACGACUACGAAGGCCUUUCUUACACCACCAGGAGUAACAAUGAUCCAUUUUUGGUCAUUGAUCUAAUCAACUUCAAGAACAUCACCAUUGAUGUUUUUCGAAAAACCGCAUGGGUGGGGUCCGGAUCAACCGUAGGCGAACUUUACUAUUCGAUUUCCCAAAAGAGUCGCACUCUUGGCUUUCCUGCUGGAGUUUGCCACUCCAUUGGGAUUGGUGGACACAUUAGUGGAGGAGGCUAUGGCACAUUGUUACGAAAGUACGGCCUCGCUGCGGAUAACGUGAUCGAUGCACGUUUGGUCGAUGCAAAUGGGACGAUUCUCGAUAGGAAAUCCAUGGGAGAAGAUCUCUUUUGGGCUAUCCGAGGAGGCGGGGGGAAUACUUUUGGUAUAGUCCUUUCAUGGAAAGUACAACUGGUUGACGUUACCGAAAACGUGACCGUUUUCAAUGUUGGAAGGACUUUGGAGCAAAACGCGACGAACCUCGUACAUAAAUGGCAAUCGGUUGCACCAAAGUUGCCUAAAGAAUUGUUCAUAAGAGUGAUAGCAUUAGGAACGUCGAAAUCGACACUCGCCUUGUUCCAAUCGUUAUUUCUAGGACCCAUUGAUAAAUUGCUUCCCAUAUUGGGUGAAAGUUUCCCCGAGUUAGGGGUGACGAGACAAGACCUGACCGAGAUGAGGUGGAUCGAUUCGACCUUGUACUUCGACGGGAUCCAAAAUGUGACAGACUAUAAGGCAUUGUUCAACACUAUUCCUAACAAUGGGAAACCAUAUUUCUUCAAAGCCAAAUCAGACUAUGUGAAGGAACCAAUGAGUAUAGAAGGAUUGGAAGGAGUUUGGAGGUUCCUCGGGGAAGAUCGGGCGGGCUUGAUUAUCUUGAGCCCGUAUGGCGGGAGAAUGGAUGAGAUUUCGGAGUCGGCAAUUCCAUUCCCUCAUAGAGCUGGGAAUUUGUACAAAAUCCUAUAUUUGGUGAGUUGGGGUGAAGAUGGAGAUGAUGCAUCAGAAAGGCACAUAGGGUGGAUUAGAAGGCUUUAUAAUUACACCACUCCCUUUGUUUCCAAGUCUCCAAGAGAAGCAUAUAUAAAUUACAGGGAUCUUGACAUUGGAUUAGAUGAAAUGGGUAGAAAUAAUUUUGAGUGGGGAUCCAAAUAUUUCAAGAACAAUUUUAAUCAGUUGGCUAUGGUUAAAACAAGAGUUGACCCUGAAAACUUCUUCAGGAAUGAGCAGAGCGUUCCAGUCUUGGUAGAGUAAAUUGUGGAAUAAUGAGGUGUUUGUUAUUACUUAAUUUUGUCCUCAAAGUUAUUUUGCCUCUUGUGUAAUGUCACUUUCCACUUGAAUGAAAUAUGUAAUUUCACCCAUCCCUAUCCAUGAGUAAAACUAAUCCUUUUCGAGUAUCCAAUUUCCUUGAUCAAAUGAUAUAUACUACGCUAUCUUUUUCCAUUCCCCA